AAAGUGACGUAUGAUAAAACAAAGAAACAUCCAAUUAAAUUUGUGGCAUUAUUCUGACUAGAUUUUACAGCUAUUUCUUUUUUUUUUCUUCUUAAAUUCCCUAUUCAGAGAAUAAGCCUGUUAAUGUGGAUUUUCAGAACAAAAACGAAUCAAAUUACAUUUUUGAAAGAUGGAGUGCACAAUUACAUCUUACAAUCCUGGACCACCGACAGCAUCCCGAUUGAAGUACAUGAAAGCAGACACGACAAAAACAGUUCUGCACGUGAAUUUCGAACCAGAAAAAGGAGAGGUACAAGAGAGGAAGAAAAAAUACCUGACAGCCAAGUACGGGCAACACCAAAUGAACCUCAUCAGAAAAAGAUUGAGGGUGGAGAUGUGGAUGUUUGAUCAACUUCAAGCAUUAUAUGGACACAGAGAAGAAGAUUCUAAUUGCUAUGAUGUAGAAAUAGAUUUGGAUGAGCUUCUGGAUAUUGAAGGGGAUUUCAACAGAAAAGCAUGGUUAGGGGGAAAAGUCAUUGGAGCAAAAAAGUCACAAGAAAAUGUGGAGAAGUUCAUUUGUGAAUUACUUCAACGAGCAAAAACUUUGUAAGAUGCUGGAAUUAAGUAACUGUAAUUCUGCUUUCCGAUUUCCAUACAAACUCCAUAUCAUACAUUAUGCGAAUGAAAUGCUUCAUCCAUGUUUCUGUCAUCAAAGAAUUAUUUAAUCAUGUCCAUACAAUUAAACUUAUGCACCAUCUUUUUUAUGCAUUUGAUGUAUUUAAAAAAAAUUUUUAGCAUCUAUUUAAUAAUAAAAACUUAGUUUACCAACUAUUAGAAAUGUAUUAAUAAGGGUGAUAGGAUAUUAUGAAAAUGUCUUCAUUUAUGUGUUUUAUGUUAUAAGAUAUUUAUUUAUAAUUUCACAAUCUUUGUACAUGACAUUUUAAAUGUUAUCAUGCAAUAAAAUAAGUCUUUCAUCAAUA